AUGAUAAGCGCAAAAAGAUGGACUGCAACUGGCUCACGCGGCAUCUUGCAUUCAACUCAAUUUACGCCCUCCACACUUGUUGUUCCAGCGUUUGUUCGUUUCGCCAGCCUAUCGUCUAUUCAUCGGGGAUUAAGAAGAUCAGAAAGGGUGCAAUUUGGCGAUUCUCGCCCUUCUCGCAUUAGAAGCGACGGUCAAUACCAAAAUUAUGGCCGAAUUGGUCGAACCACGAAGGCACUAGAUGGUGCCGCAUCUAGACGACAGCAGCAAAAGCUCAGAAAGAAGCUUGAUCGCAAAGCUUCAGAAGCUGAAGACGAAGAAGAUGAAGGCCGGCAAACCCGGAGGAAGAGGUUUCUUGACCCAGAGUUCUCAUUUGGGAAGAAAAGCCUGGUUUACCAGUUAAAACAUGGAUCGCUGAAAGACACAGCGGCCGCUCUAGAUUUACAAGACCCCGUUCGGCCGCGUCGCGCCGAUGGAAACGACAGAUUAGUCCCACGAAGCUUCCGAAACGUCCAAUCUCGCCCGCAUCCGUCAAACUUUCACGAGCGUCGAUCGCGCACGACCAAGGAUGAAGAUGGGGCGAUUGAUGACGCUACGGCACGCCCAAGAAGGCGAGGCAUGAUGCCGAUGACCAUCAAAUAUACGACGGCAGCAUCACAAUUCUUGUACGGCCGAUCUGUCGUCAAGGCAGCUCUCCAACAAGGAAGGAGACAGCUCUACAAUCUAUACGUGUAUGGUGGAGACAAUCGUCGAGAUGCCAAGGACAACGACAGCAUGAUAAAUCUUGCCAAGUCUCGCGGCGUCCCUGUUACGAUUGUGCCAAACGAAGAUCAAAGACUAAUGGACAAAAUGAGCAUGGGGCGCCCACACAAUGGAUUUGUGUUGGAGACAUCUCCACUGCCUCAACUGCCCGUGAAGUCGCUUGGUAAAUUAGAAGAAUCGCCUUCCAAACUUGGGUUCAAUAUUGAGCUGGUCCAUCAAACUGCGGAACAAAAAACCAUCAAUGGAGAGAACACUUUCAUUUCCAAGGUAAACAACUCCGCAGCAAAGCCCUUCGUGCUUCUUUUGCAUGAAAUUUUGGAUCCCGGGAAUCUCGGUGCCUUGCUUCGUACCGCUAGCUACAUGGGAGUCGACGCUGUUGGAACAACCAGCCGCUAUUCAUCUGCGCUGACCCCCGUGGUACUCAAGUCCGCCGCAGGCGCAGCCGAGGAAGUGACCAUAUUUACGGUCGAUUCUCCAGUUGAGUUCCUUGAAGACUCCAGAGCAGCGGGCUGGAAGACAUAUGCCGCAGUGGCGCCCCCGGAAAAGAAGCUCCUCAAGAUUCACGGCGACAAAUUUAUUUCGACAAAUGAUAUCGAGCGGAAUAAUCCCUUAGAUCAACAUCCAUGCAUUCUUGUGCUUGGAAAUGAGGGGCAUGGUCUACCUAGACAGGUCAAGGUGGCUGCGGACUUUGAACUGUCGGUACCUCGAUUUAUGCAAGGAGGUUCUGUGGACAGCCUGAAUGUCAGUGUUGCGGCUGGACUUCUCUGCCAUACUUUUGUCAAUCGAUCCGCAACCAAGGAUGAUGAUGGUCUGGCACAGAACAUGGGGGAGAGCAAGCCCAAAGAAGAUGUGGUGAAUGGAGGCGAGGCGCUUUUCUAA